UUUAAUUUUUCAGCACCACUGCACCAAUGAUGAAUAGUCCUGUAAUAAUUGAGGAAUCUUUGUGUGAUGGAGAACUUCACAACUUGCUAAAAAGGACAAAAUUUAAAGUCAGAACUUCCUCAACGACUCCAUAUUAUAGUUGUGUCUUUCCUGUGAGCUCUGUUGUGUUCAUUAUCAGGACAUUCACAACCACAAAUUUGGAAAGCAAAAACAUUGAGACAAAGAAGUUUCUAAACGGAAUAGAUAAGUCUCUGAACCUACAUUACAAGCAAUAUGUAUUUCUGUUGGCACCGUUAUUUGGAAUGGAAGAGCUUACUACUCUAAAUGAAUUACAACAAAGAUAUUUAAAGACACCACUUGAGUUCAUUCCUGCUCAUAAUAAUGCAGAAUGCCUCACUGCAAUGAUUGACAUUGUCAAGAUUAACUGCUCACCUGCAAGUGACAUUGUUAAAGAAAGAUAUGUAUCUGCUAUGAAUAGACACAUUUCAGAAGAAGGAGUUAUGCAUAUUCUAAAGAAAUCGGAGUUUUCUGAUCAUGAGGUUGCUGUGGCUAUACAUGGCUGUGGCAGUUUACGAUCAUUAGCUCUUUCCAAUCCACAGAAAGUGAUCAACCAGACCAGUUUGGGAAGCCUUCAUUCAUCAUUGUUAAUAGAAUUUCUUUCAAAAAAGUACUAAAAGUUACUA